GACACUUCAGAAAAAUAAGAGAAGUGAAGUGAGGAGAGGUGUUGAGAUUUUUAUAGACAAUCAUUCGAUAAUUUAUUGUUAUAUUCCUCAAUUAAUGGUUAGAUGCCUUCAUACAUGACAAUGCAUAAUUGUGAGUGUGUGAUCUUCAAAUAUAAGUGAUUGGUGUUUUUUGUGAUUAUGUUAGCAGGGCACACUAUCGAAUUGGCAGCCAUUUUUGUUUUCUAUCGCCCAUUCGCUCCAAAACAAAAAUAAAUUUUACUUUAUUUACAAGUUUUGGUUAUCAAUUUCAGCAUUUUGCAUUCUCGAGGGGUAAUAAAACUUUUUAUGUUUUCCUGGAUUGUAUUUCGCACAUUUUUCUUUCUCUAGCAGAACUUCAUGAAGAGUACACUGAUUGCUCGUUUCUUAUCAUAAAAUGUCUUAGUUGAGAGAAAAACUUUUCGUGUUCCUGUCAAUCAAUAUAAGUUGAAAAUGGAGGUGCAAGUACCAUUACCGACAGUCAUCAAAUUGGAGGAAGAAUCUAAUACCAUCGACUUGGAUGCUCAUACUUCACCGGAGGAUAUUGUUUUUCAAUGGAGUGAUAAAGUUAGGACGAAAUUCAAAAACUUCUUCAUUGCUGAUACUGAAAGAGACUUGGACAUCAUUAUGAAGUGGUAUAUUCAGUCAUUUAGGGAAGAAGCCAUGCAUUUUGAUCAUUCUGAAGCAGUUAAAUCAUAUCUUUUCAAACACAUCGAGUUUUUCAAACUGUUUUUUGAUGAACUUGAGUGUCCUUUCACGGAUAAUUACUUGGAUAAUAUGGAGGAGUUGUUGACAAUGUACUCUGAUUUAGAAGCCGAAACCUUGCCAAGCAAGCAAAAUGAACCAAAUAAACGAUCUUAUAACAAGUCCAUAUCCAAAAUUUGUUUCAGAAUAAUUGAGAUAUUGAAUGCUUAUCUAAUGUAUAGAGAAGAUCGAUUGUACCACGUUUUGAUGAAAAUUAAGUUGAACCUUUAUUCGGACGAAGCAAAGGAUUUAUUGAACUUAAUUUAUGGAAAAAUUUUAACCAAAGAUCCCACAAAUAAAUCUGAUUUAGCAUUUUGUCGUGCAUAUAUUUUGUAUCAGAAGUGGAAGAGAAUUCGUGAAGAGAAAGAGUGGAAACAAAUGGAUCAAGUCAUGUACAAAAUGUAUGGCAGGACACCAGAUUCCUUAUCCACUAAUAAUACAUUGAAACGGAUUCUGUUGCCACAGAGUGAAUUGGUUUUAGAUGUUUUAUCACACCUUAUUGACUAUACAUUAAUGUCUGAUGAAUAUUUCAAAUUUAUCAAAACGCAGAAUAUUCAAGAGGAUAGUCUCAUAAUCUCGGACUUCAAUGAUAUUGAUCUUGAUGAUCGAAGUUCAUUGACUGAGGUGACAAAUGAAGACGAAGAAUUUGAACAUGCUUACAACAAUUAUAUAGAGUCCAUGUCUAGAAUAUCGGAUAGUUGUGAUAUCAUAGAAAGUCCUGCCAUAAAGGAAGAAGACGACUGUUGUUUGGUUGGUGUUGGUACCGUUGACUGUGAACAAGGUGAUUCAAAGCUAGUUCAUGAAAUUUUAGAUGAUGAAGAUGACGAUAUCGUAGAAAUUAUAUUCUUGGAGAAAAAAGACCAGACAAAAAACGUGGAACCUUCUUCAUCCUUUCUGGACUCUAUUAGUUUAUUGCAGAAUAGAAGUUCUCCAUCUAGAGGAUUUUCUGUAUCAAAUGCUACAUCUUUUCUGGACUCUAUUAGUUUAUUGCAGAAUAGAACUUCUCCAUCUAGAGGAUUUACUGUAUCAAAUGCUACAUCUUCAACAGAAUCGUAUACCAGAUCUCAUUCCUCUUAUAACACAUCACCUGUACCAAUCUUGAGACCUUCAUCUCCUGAUGUACUGCCUCCGGAGGAGGUGAUUGAACAAUUUGAAGAACCUUCUAGUAAUGAUAAGUUGCCUAGAAAAAUGUUAUUUUCAAACUCGGAUUUUGUAGUUCCUUCUACAAAGCCCCCUCGUACGAGAAAAAGAAUCAAUAAAGAGUCCAUGAAAAAAAAGAGAUUUCUUUUCAAAAAGCUGAUGAAAAGGAGAAGGCCGCUGAUGAGAAAAAAUUUGUGCACUGUGAAAAAUAAUGAUAAUAGUCACAAACAUGACACUGAUGCAAAUUCACUUGAAAAGACGACUGAUGUAAAUAAAAAACCAUCCUCUUUCCUUCCAAAAAAUGUUAGUCACAUUGAAACACAGACAGAUUUUUCUCAACCAGAAGAUAUUUACAGAAUGUUCAAAGGGCUGGUGACUCCACCGUCUGAUGAACAUCAUGAAGAUCACGAUAUUCAUACAACGGUGUCACCUAAUGUAUAUACAGGAUUUCUGCCGAGUAGCCCAUGUUCCACACGGGAACAAAUGACUGAUACUGACUUCCUAACCAGCUCUAAUAAGUCAGUCAAUAGUGAUGGCAUAACAGAAAAAAGUGAUAACAGAAAUACUUCCAGCCCGAAAUCUGUAGUUGAAGAAAGAGAUACAGAAGAUGUGCCACAUUCACCGCCAGAACAGUACAAAACACAAACUGAUGGAGCUUCAGAAAUUAAAAGUGCUUCGAAUGAAGCUAACUCUGGUGAUGUUUCUCGUGUUGAAAACUCCGUCAGUGAAAGCUGUUGCACGGAGGAAAACAAAUCGAAACAAUUGAAUGGCCCCAGUUUGAAUUCUCUAUCAUCUGUAGGAUUAUGCGCACCUAGUUCCAAUAGUUUUUUGUUGGCAUCAUCCAUAAAUUCAAAUUUGAAACUUUUGUGCACGUCAUCAGAUAUUUCCUGUGAUUAUUCUCCUUCUUCCAGCACUGUCUCACCAAAUUUGAAGCACAAAAAUUCCAAUGAUCCCUACUCAUCACUAGCUUCACCUGACAUUUCGAGCACAUCUCAUGAUCAUUUUCCAGAGUGUUCAACAAGAAAGGGAGAUUCUGAGGAGAACCAAAUGGGGUAUGGGAGUGUGAAUGAAAGUUUUUCUGAUAAUGAGGAUCAAGACUAUGUCGUAGAAGAAGACAUACAAUCUCAAAAAGGAGAUUCUGACAUAAACGGAGAUUGCAGUGAUGAUAUCUUGAUUGAACAUCAUUAUUUAGAUGCUACCAAUGGUGAGGUAGUUAUUGGUUUGAACAACCAAGAUAAUACAGACGAAGAGACUGUUGAUAAUAUUACGAAAAACAUUGAUUAUAGUGAAGCUCGUACUAGUUUGUCUAGGAAUGAAGCAACUGACUUGAAGAUAAUUGAAAGUUGUCAGUCAAAACGUCCCAAAUACACGGAACCCAACAUAAGUUUUCAUAUUUCCGCUAGUGAUCCCUCGGGGGCCGUUAGAACAGAUCAGAAAAGAAACUUCGAAUACAAAGAAAUGCUUGUCUCAAAUCAUUCGACUUGGAAUAAAAUUAUGAAAUCUCACGAAAUAGAUGAUAUUUGGAGUGGACCGCUUGAAAAAGUAAAUGGUCUCAACAACUGUGAGAACCCUGAUAAAACCUUUGAUUUGUUUGAUAACGAAGAAUCACAAACAGAGAUAUCUUCUGAAGCAUUGCUUGGAUAUCCCAGCCAGCCUUCUGUUACUAGUAUUACAUCUCCGUCCUAUGAAAACCCAGAUGAUUUCCGAAGCUAUAUGAAUAACUUGAAAGCAAAUAAUAAUACAGUCGAGAUCCCGCACGUAGAAAGCGUUGAAACAAGUAGUUCUGCAAAGAAAAAUUGUGAUCACAUGGUGAAUAAAAAGUCUGUUAGAUUCCAAUUAGAUAAUAACGACUUGCGCCCCAGUAAUACUCCCGCCUUGAGAAGUAAUACAGUUAAAAAGAAACGGAUUACUUUCGCAGAAGAUAUCAUUGAUAUCCCUGUUAUCCAUUCACCUCUUGAAAUUUCUAGAUCAAAACUCCAGAGUUCCUUAAAACAUCCCAUUGAUCCAGAAAACAAUCGAUACAUUGUCCCUAAAAGGAAUACCAGGCCGCGAAUUCCACGUCGCAUGAUGAACUUGAAGUCGUUAGCCAGGUUCAAUGUAAAACCAAAUGAUCCUUGCCUCCAGGGCGUGCCUUGCGUCAUAGUGGAGAGGCUGAGUAAGACAGAAAUCGAUGAGUGGAAGAAUGUGAGCACAAUUUCACGAAAAGUGCGUUUGCAAAAGUCACAAUCUCAGAACAGCUUCAUGUCUUAUGUCAGAAUAGACUAUGACAAAUCUACCAGCAAACUGAACGAAAAUGACGUUGUAUAUUUCAACCAACCGGAGGGUUCUAACCCGGCGGCGCCGAGGCAGUGGAGGCGCAAUAAGUUCCAAUUGAAAGACGACACUCCUCAAGAAGGUACGGUAACAUCCAGAACUUUUAAUGAUUUUUCUGAUAGUGACUACAAUAGUACUCCUGUACAGUGUACGAAUGCUUGUUGUAGCAGUCUUACGACUGAGUUGACCCAGCUCAAUGUUACUAAAACUCGCUACGAAAGCAUUUUAAAUUUGAGUUGCGAACCCAACUUUUCCAUUUCUAAAUGUCAAAACUGUCCCAGUCUUAAUCCUUUCUCCUCAAAACCUGCUAGAAGAAAGAAGAGGAAAUUGUCCCAAGAAACUAAAGAAGUAGAAUCCAGCAAGUCGAACUAUUUUUAUGUAGCUAGUAUUAUCAAAUCUCCGGAUAGGUGUUCUACAAGUUUAGAUUUGAAUAUAAUUUCCAGUAUUGUAGAAAGCUUUGAUGCUAAAUGUGAUAAUUCAGUAGAUGAUUUUUGCCUAAAUCCUAUAACUCUUGAUAAAAGUAAUGAUAUAUCUUCAAAUGAACAACAAACAGUUGACAGUUUAAAUGUAAAUGCUCUUGACUUUGAUUGUAACAUAAAUACUUCAUUGAAUCAACAACCUGCAGCAGUUCCAGAACUUGAAGAUUUCGAGAAAACUCUGAAGAGUGAAGAACUGGCCAAGCCAUUGACGAUACCAUCGGAUUUACACAAUUUGAAUCUCAAUAGAUUUUCCCCUAGUCCCAUCAAUUGCUUCAGUCCUUGUUCCGAUUCUCCUGGCCAUAUCUUCCUGUCACACUCGCCUGCAUUAAACGAAAACCAUUUUUUAGGUGGUGAACCUAAUGAUUGUUCCCAGAUGGGUAAUAAUUAUGGCAUCCAACCGGAUAGUUUUUUCAGCCAGGAGAACUGUUUUGAAUCUUUCAGGAACAGUUCACCGGAUUCUCCUGAAACUGAAAAUAAACCUGAUGCUAGCGAACAUCAACUACCUGAAGAUAAAAAAGACUAUGAAGGAGAAUUGAAGUCAGAAAAUAAGACUGAAGAUUAUAAACAAAUUUUGGCCAAACUGGAUAUUAAUUCUUUGGAUGAAGAACCAGAAACAAGAUUGCCAUUAAAAAAAAGAAAGCUGUCAGUGCCCAAUUCUAAAGAAGAAAACAACGAGGACGACUUGAUAGGGCCAGAUUUAGUAGAAGAGAUUUUGAAAAGGGCAAGGGCUGAAGGUACAGAAAAGGACGAUAUUAGCUACCCCGCCAAGCCUGCCAUAAGCAUAGCUGAAAUACAAGAGAAGUUGGUAGAACCACAACCAAGAACCUUUAAGACACCUGCUGAGAAGAAGGAAAUGCCCCCUCCUUAUGCUGCAUCAAAGCCUUCUUUGCCUUUUUUAGAACACCCGAAAAUUGUUACUGAACAGUACAACAAUCACACUUACAACAAUCCGACGAUUAACUACCACAUGAAUAAUGUACCAUAUCCGUUUUUUCCCUGUGGCAGUUUGCCAUAUUUUUCCCCCAUCCUAUUGCCGCUCAAUAGCACUACAACUUUCGAUAUGAAUUUAGUUCCUCCACAACAGCAGCAACAUCAACCACAAAUGACUAUGCAAGAACCAGUUAAUCGACCAAGAAAAGAGAAGAAAAGCAAGAAAAAGAAGAAAGACUAAUUUAAUGUCAUGUCAUAAAUGCUUUUUAUUUUCUUUCAAGUAUUCCAAGUUUCUAGUAUGUUCCAAAUGGCUGUGAUUUUUUUUAAGUAACUUUUAAAUUGAUAUAGAAAUCUGGAAAAAUUUUGUAAUUUCUUAAUAUCACUUAUUUUAUUGACUUCAUGAAAAGAAGACUGAUGAAAGACAAAGAAGAAAGAAGAAGAAGAAAUAAGAAGAAAGAAGAAGAAGAAAGAAAAGUAUAUUGGAUACAGCACCAGCUAAAAUUCCUGAUGAGUAAAAUGUUGCAUUUAUUUUUUUCAUAAAUGUUUACAUGAUGAUGUUACUUGUUAGUAUAGAGAAAUACAUAGUUUGGAUAUUUUUCUAUGUAUUAACUUUUUAUGUGAAUCUAGCUACGUGGAAGACAUCACUAAUCAAAUCUUCUAUUUUUCUCCGAAGUAGCUUUACUUAUUUUUUUUUUUUCAACUGAUACUCAUUUGAGAUUUGUUUUCUAUUUGUUUCCUAUUUGUUUUCCCAAUUUUGCAAGAUUUUGAAAAUAAUCAAUAUUUCUGUGUUUAAGGUCACAAAUCAGGUGAUCUUCCUUAUAACGAGAAGAAAAAUGGCAAGCGGAAAAGAGGUGAUCCUGCUCGUGCUACUCAGAAAAAACCCGGAAAGAGAG